CUUUGUUAAUAUAUUACAUUUUAACAUAUUGAAGUAAAAUAAAAUUUCAACAGACUGCUUGGAUGCCGCUCGACGUCGAACCAACGCAGAACGCGAAAAAAUUUAAAAAAUGUAAAACGAUUUUCACGGUUACCAGCAAACGGUCAGGAUUGCUUAUUGCUGUGUAUUGAAUAAUGUUUUUUUAAAUGUUGAAUUGCAACGACUAUAAGACAUUGCAAUUUAGCGGACAUUAGAUGUUUCUGCAAUAUGCUUGAACCUUGAUUUUACAUUUCGCAAAGUUGAUGCAAAAUUUGCAACGUCGCAAUAAAAUAUUUCUGAGAUGUUGAUUCAACGUUUAUGUGCUGUAUGAGUUACUUUAUUCAAAGUUAUUCUUUCAGUGGCAUCGGUGAGAAAUUCUUCCGAAUGAAACAAGUUAUAUGUAAAAUCUCGAUAAAUUUGUAUAUUACUUGUUAUAAAAGGACUUUUUACUGAUAUCACUGAAAGAACAGUUAAUAAAUAAAGUAAUAUCUUUAAGCAACAUAAAUUACUUUUUGCAUGAAGUGUUAUUUCAAGGUUUUGAAAAUAAUUGUGGCCUUAAAAAAGCAGAAGAAGUACCGAUGAAAUCAAAUUAAAUUCUCGACCGUAGACACGAUUCAUCAUUUUUUAACGGAUUAAAAUAUCACCUCACUUAACAACUUCACCUCGAUUAACCUCACGAGUCCUGUUCUCAGCUGUACUGUAAAUCGCGCUUCUUGUAUGCACAUUUCAUUGUUAUUGCAUUCAAUUUGCAAUCUCGUUUAACGCGAAAUCACUGUGUCGCGCGGAUAAGACGAACUCGAGGAAAACAUUGCCACUCCUAAUGCUAUAAUUAAUAAUAAAGUUGACCGACACUCGUUGUCAAUUUUUGCGGUGACGUCGAAGAUAUAAUCGUUCGUCGGCUACUUGUCGUAGCUACUUGUCGACGGUGAGAUAUAUAAACGAGGAAGUCACAUGUGACUUCGACAUUUUCCUCGCGCUCCUCACUUCGCGAGUCGAGAUAAACGUUGGCACUUCUCCGACUGCGUCUCGUCGUCGUCGUCGUCAUGGCAUUCUGGGUGCUGUUGCCUCUCUUGGCCAUCGGCUACGCUGUUUACCAUUAUUAUUUCAAAGGCCUGGACUACUUCAAGAAGCACGGGAUUCGCCAUGUGACACCGUGGCCCGUAUUGGGCAACCUGGGGCCGUUUUAUCUGCGCCAGACUCCGAUGACCGAGCACCUGAAGAAGGUAUACGAUAUGAGCCCGAACGCUAAGUACGUCGGCUUCUUCGACGCCAUGAAUCCGGUAGUGGUGAUCCGCGACCCGGAGCUCAUCAAAUCCAUCGCCGUGAAGAACUUCGAGAUAUUCCCCGAACAUCGUUCCUUUAUUGACGAGGUCAACGACCCGAUGUUGGGUAAGAACCUGUUCUCCCUCCGCGGCGAUAAGUGGCGAGAGUUUAGACACCUGCUGAGCCCCGCGUUCACAUCCGGCAAGAUGAAGACCAUGUUCAAGCUGAUAUCCAACUGCGCUGCCAACUUUGCCGACUUCCUAUCGAAAAUGCCGACGGACAAGAACGUCGUGGAGUUAAAGGAAACCUUCACCAGGUACACGAACGACGUGAUCAUGAUCUGCUCCUUCGGCAUCAGCGUCGACUCCAUGAGAAACCCCAAAAAUGACUUUUAUGUGUACGGCACGGAGGCUACAACUUUUACCGUCAUCACCACCAUCAAGUUCUAUUUAUGUCGGAGCAUGCCGUUCUUGUGCAAGAUUCUGGGCAUUAAGGUCAUUCGCAGUCAAGUGGGCAAGUUCUUCACUGAGAUCGUGAGAAACACGAUGUACAUCAGGGACGUAAAGAACAUCGUGCGGCCGGACAUGCUGCAGCUAAUGAUGAACAGUAGAGGCAAAAGAGAUCCCGGUAAGGAGCUGACUAUCCAAGACAUGAGUUCGCAUGCCUUCCUUUUCUUCUUCGGCGGCUUCGAUGCCACCUCCACAUUAAUGUGCUUCGUCGCUUAUGAGAUCACUGUGAAUCCGGACGUACAGGCGAAGCUGCGUGCCGAGGUGGACGAGGUCAUGGAGGCCACCGACGGAACGUUGACCUACGAAGCAGUGAACGGGAUGCAAUACUUGGAUGCUGUUGUGAACGAGGCGCUCAGGAUGUACCCGUCGGCGAUCAUCCUCGACAGAGUGUGCCAGAAAGAAUUCGAACUGCCACCAGCGCUACCUGGCGACAAGCCUCACGUCCUGAAGAAAGGUUCGACUGUCUGGUUUCCCGCUCACGCCAUUGCUCGCGACCCGAAGAACUUCGAAGACCCGGAUAGAUUCCGUCCCGAACGCUUCUUAGGGGACGAGAAAAAGACCAUCAAUCAGUACGCGUACCUCCCGUUCGGAAUCGGCCCGAGGAUGUGCAUCGGUAAUAGAUUCGCCUUGCUGGAGACCAAGGUGAUGCUGGUGCACCUGCUGGCCCGUUGCGAGUUGAAACGUUGCGAGAAGACCCUGUACCCGAUGCGAUUCAGCAAGAAGCGCUUUAAUAUCUUCGCGGAUGGCGGAUUCUGGAUCAAGAUUCAGCCGAGGAGUGACGCUCUCAACGUUGUAUCGCCGAACGCUGUUAACGACAGCGCGGAGUAAAUAUAAGUCCGCGGAAGCUCUAAUGAAGAAUCGGAUAUAUAAUGCUAUUUAGAAAUUAACCCUUUGACUGCUAUAGGUGCAUAUAUGCGUCCAGCGAAAACCAUCGAUGUAGACUAUAGACGCAAAUGCGCGCUCGGCGAAGGCUUUGGCUGUUUACUGCUGUCUCAUGUCUUUUGUUUAUAUAUUGAGUAUUUAUGUUACUUACUUGUUAUUUGUUCAAUUUUUCAAUUUCCAAUAUCCAAACACAUACAUUAUAACUAUCUAAAUUAUGGCGUUUUAAAACUUUACCACUGGUGAAUAAACAAUAUAUAUUGAAAAUAACAAAAUGAUUGGAUUCAUUUUGCAGUGGACAAAGUAAUAGUAAUUGGAUUGUGUACUAUAUUAUAAUGUGUUAACACUUUGCCGUCCGCACGUUUCAUCAGGAUUUUUUUGUUCGGCGACGGCGGUUUUUCGAGGUUUUCGGGAGAUCAUAAAUCGUCAGUUCUCAUUAGUUUCUCACUAGUUUUCAAUCCUGUCCCGCUAUUUUCAUGAAAUUUCGAGGAUAUAUAUAAAUAAAUGUAACAUUUUUCUGUAUUAUAUAUUUAUUUAUUUAUUAAUAUUUUAUUGGGUACUUAGUAUUUCUCUUUUAGAUGUCUUCUACUUCUUCGCAAUCAUCAAAUUCAAUUGAAACGUCAGACAAAUUGUCCGCGCAUUCAUCUUGAAUAAUCGUAUCUUCUCUUUCGUCUGCCAUUAUCAAAGGGCGCAAGUACUUAUAAAAAUAAAAAACACGCUUAUGUCUGUAACUUAUUUAUUUACUUAAACAGAACACAAAGAGAACACCAACAGCACACAAUCAGAACACAAACGGCACCACGGUGCUGUCACCGGCCUUUGCGUGAUAGUUUUGCGCACGACACCAACGUGGUGCCAUCGGCCUUUGCGCGAUAGUUUUCGCGGGACACCAACGUGGUGUCCCCGGACGGCAUAGUGUUAAUACGCCGCCGAUAAGAUCCAUAUUGCGCGCAAAAGUAUUCAGUCCGCAGCGAUCGCUACUGCCGGCCGCACGCCGCUCACGCGAAGCGCUUCAACUUAGAGCAGUUAGCAGUCAAAGGAUUAACAGCUGAGUACAAAGUUCACAAAUGUAGCGAUGUGGGAUUGACAUUUUGAUAUCUAGUGCGACAUUAUUUUUAAUGGGGAAUAAGACUUCCAAGCUGACUCAUUCACACGCGUGUGUGCGAUGCAUAUACGUGCAGACGCUCGUUCGAUACUUUGAUUUUAAUUAAUUCUAUUGCGUUGCGCCCGUAAAAGACGGUCAAGUCAAUCGUAAAGCGAUAAUGUCACUUAUAAUCGCAAGUUAUGCAAGUUAUGUAAGUAUGACUCAUCGUUCCCUUAUUUUCAUCUGUGGAUUUAUCAUGAUUAUAUGAUAAUUAUUACGUGAUAAUAAUAGUUUAUUUUAGGUUAAUAAGCUUUCUAAAUGUAAUAUCACGGCAUGUAUCUGCGAUUUAUCCCAUAUUUAUUUGCUAAAAUGUUAAAAAUAAAACAUUAUUUUGAUCUCAGACACGGUCAUUAUUAAAGAUUCGAGAGGUUCUCUCGUAGAAAAUAUAAGCAAAUAUAGGAAGUAUGCAAUUCUUUAAUCCUCCGUCUCACAUGUUGGGUCAUAAAUUUGCAAUGACUUAGUGAGAUUUUAUUAAAGGUAUCAUUAAGAUUUUUGCUCACGUUCUACGCCUGUAAAGAUUUCAAACAUGUUAAAGAUUGCGAUGAGAUCCGUAUUUGCUCGUAACCAAAUGAGGUUAAUUUCACAUAAUUCGUCAUUUUUAUCGGUUUAAAAUUUCACUUUGAUUCACAGUUUAAUCUCAUGAAUUUGGUUCUCGACGGCUGUUCUGCAAUGCGUUUUUCGUAUGCGCAUUUCAUUAUUAUUACAAUUCACAUCGCAAUCUCAUUUUCCAUAAAAUUGGCGUAUCGCGCAGAUAAGACGAUCUAAAGGAAUACAUUGCUGCUCGUGGUGCAAUGAAUAAUAAUAAAAUUCACUGACAAUCGUUGUCAAUUUGAUUUUUGAUAUGACAUCGAAUAUAUAAUCGUCCGUCGGCUUACAUAGCGAGUGGUCGAUGGUGACUUAUAAAAACGAGGUAGACGCAUGUGACUUAUAAAAACGAGAUAGUCGCAGACCCCAAAGAUUAUCUAACACAAAUUUUUCUUCAGUAAAGAAAUUCAAGAUGUAGAAGAUAAAUACGCCUCUUACAAUCA